CGAUCCUGCAAAAUUACGUUGUUACUGGCCCUCUAACUCCUUCAGUUUGUAUUAAUCGAAAUGAUGGCGGCGUGACAACUGAAAAUUAAAAGUGAAUGGUGAGGGAGCAGGAGUUACUCACACUAUCAAUGAAUUUGUGAAUACACAAAACUUUCAGGAUGUUUCAGAUACAAUGGCUGCGAAGGCUUAUUCGGAGAAGAACGAUGCCGAUCCCAGUCAAAAAGGCAACUGAUUGGAAACGCCGUUUGUCUAUAUUCUAUGCCAUUUCUGCAUGGCAUGCGUUUGGCUUGGUUAUAUACAUGUGCUACACGGGUCACGCAGACUGGAUGAAAUCAGGUGGCUACAGAACUGAAGAGGAUCUGCCACCUGCACGAAAUUACGCACGUAUCCUUGGAUUUCAGAAUGCCAAAGUUUUACAAAUUUCUGGUUUCACUGUAAAAGGAACUUACGAAAUCAAGCCGGACGACUCUGUUAAAGACAACGAGCCCACAGAAAUGAUUGUUGAGGAUGCAGAGAUGGUAGCCUAAGUUGAAUAAUU